AUGCUUCGUCAGGCAUCAGGACCGGAAACUACCUUAGACCCGAAGCCCGGGUUUGUAGUGAAGACAAAGGUGUUAGGGUCGAGGACUCUCACUUCAGGGACCAAGGCAUUCAUAAACGUAUGUCAUGAUCCUCAAGUUCCACUUCCUUCGGUUGAGUUUGAUCCUGCUGUGGUGUUCCCACUAAUUAUGGAGAAUCAAUGGGAGAUUCCUCUUGUUGUUUCUGCCGAAAAACAAUCAGUAGAUAAGAAGGGAGUCCCAGCAGUUGUCUACGAUUGUUGCAUGAACCUGCAAAGCUUCCAAUGGGCUCAAGUGAAUAAGGAUUUACGGCUUAUUCUUAUUGAAUGGUGCAUUGAAGCGGUGGAGCUUCUUUACGACAUGGAAUUGGAGAGAGCGUACACGACACCCAAGAUGUUGAACAAGGGAGAAUUGUCAAAGACCAUUAUAGCCAGUGAAGACAUGGACAGUGGUGAUCUUAAGUCUCAGCUUGAAGAGCUUCAACGCAAUGAGACUUUGGGAUUAAUAGAAGAGAUUAAGUUUAAUUCCGAUGAUGCAGAUUGUGAUUUACCUCUUCCAGAUUUAAGAAAUAUCAACAAUGAUCCUCAGAAGCGACCUUUAAUAGAAGAAAUAUCUACACCACGGACUAUGAAAAAGGAAGAACAUAAAGCUACAAAGCCAAUUGCCACUGCUACGUCUGUACGUCAAAAGUACGAUUUUUCAGUUACUUUUCUGAAAAUAGAAAGUCCAUCUUCCGGAGAAACCCUUGAAGUGGCCGUUUUAUGUCCUCAGCUUACUUCAGAUGCAGUAUUGGUCUCAUAUAAUCCUGCUAGCCGUUCAAUUGUUAUUCACAAUCGUUCAGGAGACUUUUACUUUGUUAAUACAGAAGACAAACUGAAAGAUAUACUUGAAAUACCCUUACCUCCAAUUUCCCGUACACCCACAAAUAUCCGAAGCGUAUUUGAAGGUCAUCCUUCAAGACUUCGAAUAUUCCUUUGA